AUGGUGGUCCCCAACAUGCAAGGUUUGAAACAGCUUGCGGCCAACAGUCGUGUUUCGGUGAUUGGCGGAGGUAUAUCCGGGCUAUCAUUUGCAUAUUUCCUCGGCAAGCUGCGUCCGGAUGUGAGGGUGACGGUAUACGAGCAGCAGGGUCGAGUCGGCGGAUACAUUCAGACAAACCGUGCGAGUGAGCAGACGCAGAAGCAAACCCGGUGCGUCGGGGAGCGGGCGUUGAAGAUGGAGAAGGGUCCGAGGACACUACGAGGGGUUUCGCCUGGUACAUUGAUCAUUGUGGAUCUUCUCAAGAAAAUGGGUCGGUUGGGCCAGUUGCGGGGGGUACAUGUGGGGAGCAAAGGGAACCGGAAGUAUCUUGUGAAGCGGUCUGGCGAUGGGGAUGCGCAGGUGGGCUCGGUGAGGGGCGAGUUGAUCGAGGUGCCCGGGCCCGGGUGUCGGUUGAGCACGGUGGGCAAGUUUUUGGCGAGCGACUUGGGUCGUGUGGGCCUGGCCGGUUUUGCGAAGGACCUUUUUUUCCGGCCGGCGGCCGGUGACGAGGAGCGGCUGGACAGGAUGAGCGUAGAAGAGUUCUUCACACGGCACUUUGGGCGGCGGAUGAUCACGGACAUUGGGAGUGCGUUGAUGUACGGGAUCUAUGCGGCGGACGUUGCGGACUUGAACGUGCAGUCCGUGAUGCCGGGGCUCGUGGAGCUGGAGAGACAGGAGGGGUCUGUGGCGCGGGCGAUGCUGAAGCGGCUUUUCCGUGCGAGGCCGAGGGACGAUGCCUCCAAGAGGCCCUCGGCGCUCGAUGAGGACCUCCAGUUGUACGUGGACCGGCUGGGCAGCGACUUUGACCUGGCAAACCUCGCUGUGCUCCUGAAGAAGUUCCCCAUGCUGGCCAUGACCGACGGCCUCUCGACGCUCUGCGAGGGGCUGCGCGGCAGCCUGCCCGGGAACGUGACGGUGGUGACCGACUCCGGCGUGGAGAAGAUCAGCACGGCGGGCGCCGGCGGCGCCCCUGUGGUGACGUUCGACGACGGCCGGGAGGAGGCCUGCGACCAUGUGCGGUCGACGACGAACGCACAGGUGUUUGGCGGCCUGGUGGCAGACACGGCGCCGGAGCUGGCCCGGCAGCUGGCGGAGUUCCGCUACACGAGCGUCACUGUGUGCAACGUGCUCAUCCCGCAGCGGGAAGUGAAGCAGUACGAGGGCUUUGGGUUUCUUGUGCCCAAGGCGAGGUUCAGCAAGGACGCCCGGGUGAUGGGCGUUAUUUUCGACUCGGACGUGGAGGAGCACAGCAGCGUGCUCUUCCCCGCCGGCGUUGCGCGCGGACUUCCGCCCGUGCUUGUCGCCGGCGGCAGCACCGCCGCCGCCGAACCCCCAUCGGCGGAGACCAGGGCCGCCCUGCAGGCGGUCGAGCGCGAGAUCGUCGGGCGCGAAGACCCCCGGCCGGCGGCCGACCAGUUCACCAAGGUCACCUUCAUGCUGAACGUCGCAGGCCCCCGCGCGCCGCCGGUUUCGCAGCUGCGCCAGGUGGUGGCCGAGACAUUUGCCAACCUGCUCGGCGGCGGCCCGCUGCCGCCGGGGUGGGCGCUCGAGCGCACCACGCUGCGCGACAGCAUCCCGCUCUACGACGUGGCCGGCGAAGGCUUCCCCCGGCGGCGCGUGGCCGUCGAGACGGCGCUGGGCAAGCGCUUUGGCGGGCGCGUGAGUGUCGGCGGCAUGACGUUUGCCCGCGGGAUCGGGGUCCCCGACGCCGUCGUGUCCUCGCUGCGGGCGGCCGCAGCGCUCGCCGGCGGAGCGUGA